AAGUGCAACAAGCACUUUGACCGUGCCUACAACUUGAAGACUCACCGCACCACGCACAUCGCGGCUGAUGAGCGCGAGAAGCCCUUUGACUGUCCUUAUGGUCCGUGUGAGCGUACUUUUGCUCGCAAACACGACACCAUGCGCCACUACCAGAGCGUCCAC